AGGACGCGAUAGCAAACAUUUCAAUUCAUAACAUUAAAACAGGUCUACUAACUUCACCUCAAAAAUAAUAUUACGCCUGCUGAGAAAGAUAUGUCAAACUUAACUUUACCAAACUUCAUUAUUCUUCUAUUGUUUGUAGCGCUAGCAGCAUGUGAGGGUGAGUUUGACAAUGUCCGAUGCAAGUGUAUAUGCCCUGCAGAGCCGGACAUCAAGAGAGAUUUAGACAUCCAGGUUGUGACUGUAUCAUUGGCUGAAGAAUGUUCUUGUGAGCUGGUAAUGAAAAGAAAUGAGAGUGACUGUCUGCGAUGCGAAUGCAAGUAUGAAAGCCGGAACAUCACCACCAUUGAGGUUGUUAUUUUCCUGAUCAUCGUCGUUGUGAUUUGUCUUUUCAUCUAUCUGAUCGCUCUCGCUUUCCUCGAUCCCGAGAUGUUUAGAUCAAAACUCACAGAACCUCAGAUGGAAGACACUCUCACCCCUCAACCAGAUCUAUCAAGCACAAGGCAUUCAUCAUCCUACUUUGGCCGUGUGGGUAGUGCACAGAGAAGAUGGAGAUCACAGGUUCAGCAACAAAGGGAGAAUAUCUUCGAUAGACACACAAUUCUUAGCUGAAGGAACCAGUUCAUCAUGCAAUUUCAUCCCCAGUCCCACAUACUGCUUUUCAGUGAAAGUUUGCAAAUCAUCAACAUGUAAUAUGUAAGAGGACAUUAUUUCAGUGAUAUUUGUAAGCGAGUACUGUUUAAAUCAAUAAUCUGUGUUUUCACAUUCAAGUUAGCCUACUCGUUACCCUGCGCUAAUUGCAUCCGCAACUAAAUUUGCAAUUUACCUACCUGAUUCGAUUUCUCCAGUUAGUGCGAAAUGAUUCAUAUUUCUGGGAGAAGAGGUAAUUAAAUACAAAUAGUUGUUUGCUGCGGAAAGUUGAACUUUUAUUUCGGGUUCAUUGUGUAAGGUGCACUAUGUGCUGAAUGAAAUUUAAUCAAAAUGAAACAUAUGCUCUGAAACUGAUGUUUUGAGAGAAUUUAAGGGAUCCAUCUAUUCAACGUAAACCAAACUGUACUGAGAAUUCACAUGUGAAAGGGUCAUGUAGAAAGCUCAAUCGUUUUAUGAUAAUAUUCACAAAUGAUGAUGAUAGGGAAGGAACAUGAUAUAUUUUUCUUUAGUAUUUGGAUGAAGAAAAUAUUUUCACCUGAAGCAGUUAAUAUCAUCAUCAUGUUCAAAAUUCUAAUGCCAGAUUUGUGGUUAUUUUGUGUUGUGAAUUGCUUAUUGUCUUUUUUUUUAUUUAUGUCUUUACACAUAUCUCAUGUUGGGAUUCAUUGUAUUAUACAUUGUUUUAUUUCUGUAUAAAACCAUACAGUUCAGAUUUUACUUAAUGCUCGCCCUAUCUUAAGCUUUUGUAAGUCUGAAAUUCAUCGUUUGUCAAGUUUUCAAUAAUUUACAGAUAAGAUGAAUAAUGAGACAUGUUUUGUUUAAAACAUUCUAUCUAAAAUCUGAUAUUUCUUGGUAAAAUUUACUAUUGAAAUGUCCGUAUUAUUUAUGUUGGGUCCUCAACAAAAACAGAAAAACCUUAUGUUUUUCAUUUUGUUAUAAAAAAAAAACAUUUCUCUAGCAUGGAAUGAAUUGAAUACUUUAGGAUCCCAUCUUCAUAGAGAGCUUUCUGAUGUUGUAUUUUUUUAAAGAAAAAUAAACAUGAUUGAAUUAAUGUUCCGUAGAAAAAAGAAGAAGAUACAUUCACAAGAGAUGACUCUAAAACUGAUAAAUACGUUAAAAAAUACAUAUUAAACAUUUUAUAUUAUUCCAAAAAUCAGUUAAUAAAAGUGAUUUAACGGUCACUCCACCAUUGUAAAAUUGGAGUACGAAAUUAAUAUUCUAAUAUCAUUCACAUUAAAUCUGUACAAAGCUUAAGGCAGUCUUUAAAUGAAAUAUGUUUAAAAAUAUGUUUAAAAAUGUCAUUUGUAAUAUAGUUAAACAAAAGAAAUAUAUUUAUUACUGUUCUGUACAUAAUGUUAAUUUAUACAUCAGAUUUUCUAUAUUGUAUAAAUGAAUAAAAAGCAAUAAAUAUAA